GAUGUAGUUAAAAAGAGAGCCCCGCAAAAAGGGAAAAGGCGCCGAAAUGACAUCUACGUAAACAGAAAAACGGACUUUGCAGCACAACUUGAGCGAUGCCAGAAGUCACUCGAUUCAAGGUUUGUUUCAGUUUUAAGGGUAGGUUAGAGCGUAUUUCUAAGCUCUAGGGGGAAGGGUUACGCUUGGGGUCCUUGACAUAAGUGUAGGUAUGUGCGGGUAUCGCUGCCGCUGAUGAUCUGAAACCCUGACCAUUAAUGAAAAGAGAAACUAAAAUUCCCUACCCUGUAAAUUUGUAGGACGACAAUUAAACCUGUUGUACAAUCCUGCUAAGAGAAAAGGGAGAAAAGGAAACAAUUUACGCCCAGAAUUGUUUUUUAUUUUUCCGAAUUAUCAGAAAACUGCCAAGAUAUCAUGUCCUGUCCAAAACGGCAUGAACCUGUAUAGGACCGCCCCACGCCAAUCCAAUUCAGCAGAUAAUAGGGAGCUUAAGCAAAGACGUUUUCGGGCAACGCAUUUCAACCAGAAGUGGACUUUUUGCAUUCUUUGGCAUUGUUUUUGCCCAGAUUUUCGGGCAAAUUGCCCCUGUAAGUUGAAAAAACUUACCAAUUCAAAUUGAUAGCGCCAAGUCAUAUUAACACAGAAAACGUGUCACUUCCAGUUGACGUGCGUCAUCCAAAAAACAUCUUUUCUUAAACUUUGUUUUGGAAACCUGCAAAUAAUUAUUACUGCGAUAAUUAUUAUGGUGUUUUUGCAGCUUUACUUUAAAUGAGAAAUUUAAUUAAACCAGUUUUACUUUUAAAAAAACAUUCCUGCUUGCUACAAAAUCAGAUCAAAUUCCAAGCUUUGAAGAGGCUGGCAGCAGCCCAGGGGAACUCUGGAUUUCAAAUGACAGGGAUGAUCAAUUGGGGCAAAAAUCAAAACCCAAAAAUCCCCACAGCUUCCAGUAAAACUCGAAAAAAUCUCUGGACCAGCAAUUAACCCCCUGAAGAACCCACACCGAAAUAAGAGAAAAGAGAUAGAGAGCCACCUUAAUGCUACACAGUGUUUUUUGUGACCAUCAUCAGGGAAGUAAGAACAAAAUUUGUUCUCACUUUCUAAAUAUGGUAUUUAAUAAUAUUUUUUUUCAUUUUUAAUAGUGAGCAAGAGGUUACAAUACAUGGCUUGGGUGCUGCUAUUAACCGUGCAAUUAAUCUGGCAUUGCAGCUGGAACACAGAGGUCAAGGAACUGUUGAGGUAUCUUUAGCAAUAUUAUUGGAUGAGGCUGAGUAUGAUCUGAAGAAUUAUGGACAUCAAGGAGGGUGUUAUCAGCCAAGGCCAAUAACACCCUCCAAGGCAAGUUCAGGAGAUAAAGGGAUGUUAAGUUCUGCAGAAUAUUCUCCAGAUAGCAGAUGUUGUCUGUUGAGUUGUAAUUCUUGCUGUUCCUGCUAUGUAUUUAGGCAGUAGUUUGGCUAUGUCUUCUUCGUGAAACAUGUGAAAUGUUCUGCCACAGUUUUGUACUGCACAACCAAAACAAUGCAAGCUCAUCCCCAGGGAUUCUCAUUUGCUGUCCAUUUUUCUGGCAUUUAUGCUGUACUAUUGACCUCAUUCUCCAUAUAUCGCAAACAUCUUCCAAAGUUGGCCAAUGCUAGCUGGUUAAGGAGAAUUAGCUGUGGAAUGUCAGCCAAUCAGAAAUGGAGCAAUAUUUUGCAUGAAUAAUAUUGUAUGUUAAUGUCCCCCUGAAAGUGGAUGGUGUUUGUAAAACUGAAAUAUUUACAUUGUGCAUGUUAAGGAACAGUAGUGGAGUGGUUGACUGUGCAUUAUCUGGUUGCCAUCAAGAUGCAAAAGAUACUAGUUUUACUCCUUAAAAAAUAUAUUAAGUAUUCUAACAUUACACCUCCUACUUUGCAGGUAUCAGCAACAACUUCCAGUGUCAAACUGAUUGAUGACUUUGAGCCAGAAGAUGAUGUAAGGAUUUCUUUUAACUCCAAUGGGUUUUUAAUAAUUCCACCUCUUCUUGAAAGUACAUAACACAAUAUUACCUCUUACUACGAAAUUUCAAAAUUUAACAAAGAUCCCAUAGGUUCAUUAAUACUUCUGCCAUACAGAAAUGUAACAACUCAUUUUUCUGUUGGCUGAUGUUUCCAUCAGUACUUAGUACAAAUAGGCUAGAAUAUUUACUGUCAAGCUCUUUGAACCAUUGAAGUCAACUUUUUAUUUAUCAGUAAGCACAGUGUGUAUCCAAAUAAAGCAAAAUGUAAACAGUGACAUCAAAGAUUUGCCAAAAUGCAGACACCUUUGCCUUUUUGCAAAUCUUACCUAGUACUGAUCCCACCAAAGUUUUUCAUACAAAGAAUUGACUGGACCUUUCAUUUCUUCUGUUUUGCAGGACCAUGAAGGUUACUCCAAAGUACGAACAAACUCAGCCAUUCACAUAAAAGUGUAUAAAAAACAACUGUCUCAAGUAGCCAUAGAAGGAAUCUCUAAAGAAGUCACUUGAAACAAUGACUUGUCAAACAAUGUCAUGUGUUUCUGCUUUGUGUGUCACAAAGAGGCUGUACUAAAGAGACAAUGUGUUUUUGAAUUUCAAAGAUGGUUUGAAGAAAUAAUUAUAUUGACACAAAAAUCCCAAAUAUGUAUAAUUAUUCUAACACUUCCUACAAGUAGAGAACAGAUGGUGAACUAAAAAUCUAAAUCAGACAAGUGCCAUAGUGACAACUGCAUCAUUUUCAGUUCAGUGGAAUACUAACACAGUCAUUGCUUUCCAACAUUACUUGCUACCACUCCAAGAAAGUGGUGGUCAGUCACGUCAGUAACCUGCACCACAGAUGAAACUAAACUCUGGUUAAGUCUGUCUGUGAAACAGUGCCAAAAUACUUGUUCUGGGUCCUCACCUGUUUACCAGGAUUUUAGUAUGCGCCAUGAUUGGCCUGUGAAAAAAGCCAUUGUCAAUUUGCCAAUCAGGAUGAAACGCUCUUCCGGCCAGAACAAGGAUCUCGGCACUGCUUCACAGACAUUACUAACUGAAGUUGGCUAUCAUGUCAGUGACCUUGGAUCACCUGAGAAUUAACUUCUGAUCCAAAUGAACUUUUUUUUCGUUGGAGACCCUGUUAGAUCUAGCCUGUAAUCAGACCCAGU